GCUAGUGUAAUGUCCGCGGCCCGAACGGAGCCCGAGCGCCCGAACUUAUUGACCGUGCUCCAAAUUAUGCAAAAUAUUCUAUUCUAUGUUUAUACAGUGCUUGCUGUAGCUGCUGCUAUUGAUACCCGACAGGUUGACGCUCGAAAAGGACAUUUAUUUGUGUACACUUUGCACUCAGCCGCAUUGUUCCCAACUACAGUGGAGGUUUCAUGGUCAGCCACUUUGAAAAAUCGCCCAGCACUUCCUUCCUGGUUACACCUCGUCCCAUCCCGGUACAAAGCCAUCGCUUAUCUUGUAGGGACUCCUGUAACUGGAGUCAGGCAGGUGACUGUGCAUGUUUUUGCCAAACGACUGGAUACGUUCGAAACGAAGCAACAGUAUGUCGUCAUUUCUCUCUCCGAUGACGAGAGAUAUACCCGAGCAACACAACAGAUUAUAGACCUUCAUGUGGCAAAUGUGGAAGCUGAGAAUCUUCUCAACGACAGGACGGGGCUCGUAGAUCAAUUGGAAAAGUCGGCUCGAGAAGCAUUCCGUGGAAAAGACGUCAAUCCUUAUAUAUACUCUGUCCAGCCAGAGUUCCAGGUACCACCAGGAAAAGAACAUUUGUUCAGAAACCAGAAGAGUAGCUCGCUUAUCUCGAUUGGUUCGCAACGUGGAUUCUAUCCCACUGUACAUAAACUGAUUCACAAUUUACAAAGAAAUCCAUCGUUUUGCAAGAAGCAAAGGCUCGUUGUUCUAAACAAGUAUUUUGCCCCAACAUUUGAUGUGGACUGGUGUAGGACAAGAAUCAGAAAUGUGACCAUGCUGCGUGACUUUGUAGAUGGAGAUCGUAGAAAAGAGCAUUACGAUGUUGAGCUGGCUGCAGAUUUGACUGUUACAGCUACUCCAGCACAACCAGUUCGUGAGAUUGGCGCUGUCUCCGAUGGUUACUCGUUUUGGGAAAGUGUACUAGUUUUUCCGUUGAUUGCAGUCUUCUGUAUCAUACUUGUUCUUGUCCUGAGCUUGAUUUUCUUCGGAAGAAGAGAAGGCCAGCAAUGGAGGGACUACAAAACGCCAAAGGAGCAACUGGACGAAUAUGUCAGCGUACGGCAAAGUCAAAGACAUCUUCGUGAGCUUUCCGUUCAACGACAACUGCUACUUAUGGCAGGAGAUCGCGAUCAAUCUACGCUUCCUUAUGGAGUUCACUCGUUCCUGCAACCGAAAUACAAAAGUGCAAAUGGAGUGGAUUCCGGCAGCAGAUUCAGCAAAAGUGCCAGUAGGCUCAAUGAAAAUAAUGAUGAAAUAGAUUUACUGUCGGGCUCGGAAUCGAUACCUGUUGGAAAACAAACGGUAGCUGAAGCGGCAAGACAGUGUGGAAGCUCUCUUCACCUCUACCGAAAUCCACUAGAGAGCGAGACAGAUGAAGAUAACGAAGACGAUAGCCUUGACGAAAAAGAUGUCAGGGCACGCGAUUCGUGAAGCUAUAAGCUCACACCAUCGAUGUAAAUAUGAUGUGUCUUUCGGAUAAAUAUGCAUAAUGCGGCCGACCUUUGUAUUGAUGGAAA